AUGUUCACAUUUACACCCACAGGUACUAAACCUCUCAGAAAACAGUUGAAGGAAAAUGCUAUUCCCAGUGUGUUUUCUUGGAAGCAGAGUGCUGAGAGCUGUCAAGAAUCUGGGACCUUAAGAUCUGGGGGAGAAUAUGCCUACAAUCAAUCCAUUGUGACCACUUCUGUUGAGAUUUCUCCUGUUAAUGAAUCCUUCAAUGAAAUAGUAGUAGAACAGGAAUCCCCCUCAAUUUCUUUAUUGUCAGAGCAAACAGUGGAACCACAUCCAUUCUUUUCAGUAACAAGAUGCACUGCCACCCAGACUCCAACCAGGCCAAUGUUUAGUAUUGAGAAGUUCACCAAUGAUAAUGCAGGCAUCAUGUUUUAUACAGGUCCUUCUUCCUACCAUGAUUUCACUUUUGUGUUACAGACUUUAGUUGCUAACAUCUGGAUAACAUGGGUGAAUUUCAUGUCCUGUCAGUGGAGGAAUAUAGAUUUGUGGCCAGACAGGGAUGUUGUUAGAUUCUUCUGUCCCACAGAUUUUCGCAUCAAAUUCCCUUCAACCAGGGUAAUCAUUGGUGGCACAGAGUGUCCAAUCAAGAAGCCAAAACCACCGGUUGCCCAGCAGAGUACGUUUUCCACCUACAAGAACAGAAAUACAAUUAAAGUUUUGGCUGGUGCUACACCUGGUGGAGUAAUGUCCUACCUUUCUCCAGUUUAUGGAGGAUCUACAUCGGAUCGUCAGAUUGUUGAACGAUCCAGGUUGACUACCUUGUGUGAUAGAGGGGACAGCAUCAUGGCAGAUAAGGGGUUUAACGUACAGGACAUAUUUGCACCAUAUGAUGUGACAAUUAAUAUUCCAACUUUUUUCAGAAACAAGAACAGAAUAUCUGGUAAAACAGUGCAAAGGGGCAGAAAAAUAUCAAGUAAGGGAGUCACAUCGAGAGAAUAA